ACGUCGAGGCGAGGCGGACGACCCUGGGGCAGGCGAAAUAUUUCUAGUCGUCCCCUUCCCUCAGCCUCAAGCAGAUCUGGCCACUCCCAUCCGCCCAGUCUCCUAAACCCCUCUCCUCCCCCCCCUCCCCUCUCCGGCCGGCGCCGCCCGCCACCGCAGCCAUGGCCUGGAGGCUGCCGCCCCUGGCCGUCCUCCUACUCCUCGUCGCCGCGGCCGUCGCCCCUCUCUCCUCCGCCGUCCGCCCGGUCUCCGACGCGCACAGAUCCGUCGCCGCCGAGCUCUUCGCCGCCUCCCCCGACGACUUGGAGACGACGUACGAGGCGGUCAGGACGUUCAAGAUGCUCGGGGUGCAGAGGGAUAAGGGCCUUGAUGGCAAGGCCUGCAAGCUCGCCGCCCAUACGCUGUCCUCGUCCUCGUCGCCCGCCAAGGAUCUGUUCCAGGCGGUCCAGAUCGCCGGCGUCCUCGGAUGCAGCGUCGAUGCCGGCGUUUACGAUGACGUCGCGUCGAGGCUUAAGGCUGUGAUCAAGGACACCGAUUCGCUGCUGGAGUUCUACUAUUCUGUCGGAGGCCUGCUCAGCCUGAAGGAACAAGGCCACAGUGUUGUUUUAUCUGACGCGGAUAGCACAUUUCACGCAAUAAAGGCACUUAGCCAAAGUGAUGGAAGAUGGCGCUAUGACACCAACAGUGCUGAAUCCAGUACAUUUGCUGCUGGUAUAGCACUAGAAGCAUUGGCAGGAGUUGUUUCACUGUCUGAUGCGGAGGUUGAUCCGUCUAUGAUAGGAGUCGUUAAAAAUGACAUCGUGAAGCUAUUUGGCACAAUCAAGAGCUAUGAUGAUGGAACCUUCUAUUUUGAUGAGAAGUAUGUUGAUGGUUCUGAAUACAAGGGCCCUAUAACAACUUCUGCUUCAGUAGUACGCGGUGUCACCUCCUUCGCUAAUGUUGUUUCUGGGAAAUUGAACAUCCCUGGUGAGAAAAUACUGGGCUUGGCAAAGUUCUUUCUUGGUAUUGGGCUCCCAGGUAGUGCAAAGGAUUGCUUUAAUCAGAUUGAGUCCUUGUCGCUCCUGGAAAACAAUAGGAUCUUUGUUCCUUUGAUCCUUUCACUUCCUUCCAAAGUACUGUCACUGACCUCCAAAGACCAGCUUAAGGUUGAAGUAACUACAGUGUUUGGUUCUGCGGCACCUCCCCUCAGAGUGAAUCUUGUCCAAGUCUUGGGCUCUGAUUCUAAGAUCAUCACCACUGACAGCAAGGAACUUCAGUUUGACCUCGACAACAAUGUUCAUUACUUGGACAUUACUCCAUUGAAAAUAGAUGUCGGGAAGUACUCGCUAGUUUUUGAGAUUACUCUUCAGGAUUCAGAACAUGAAACCGUUUACACUACUGGAGGGAGAAACACUGAGUCUGUCGUCGUUACAGGACUGAUCAAAGUUGACAAGGCAGAAAUUGGAAUUUCUGAGAAUGAUGCUGGGAGUGCGGAGUCUGUCGAAAAGUUAGAUCUGCUGAAAGAUACAAAAGUUUCUCUCUCUGCAAACCAUCUGCAGAAGUUACGUCUAUCUUUUCAACUAUCUACACCACUUGGACGCACAUUUAAACCUCACCAGGUUUUCUUGAAGUUAAAGCAUGAAAGCAAGGUUGAACACUUAUUUGUGGUGCCAGGUUCUGCGAGGCAAUUCAAAAUUGUUCUAGAUUUUCUUGGAUUGGUAGAGAAAUUUUACUACCUUUCUGGAACAUAUGACCUUGAGCUUUCUGUUGGUGAUGCUUCAAUGGAAAAUUCGUUCCUACGUGCCCUUGGCCAACUGGAGUUGGACUUGCCGGAGGCCCCUGAAAAGGCCCCACGUCCUCCGGCACAAGCUGUUGACCCGUUAGCAAAGUUUAGGCCACAAAAGGAGAUAGAGCACAUAUUCCGUGUGCCAGAGAAGAGGCCACUGCAGGAAGUAUCGCUUGCAUUUACUGGCCUCACACUCCUGCCUUUCAUUGGGUUCUUGAUUGGGCUUAUGCGUCUGGGAGUCAACUUGAAGAACUUCCCUUCCCUGCCAGGACCAGCUGCAUUCGCAUCACUCUUCCAUGCUGGAAUCGCAGCAGUACUGUUGCUCUAUGUUCUCUUCUGGGUUAAGCUGGAUCUUUUCACAACUCUGAAGUACCUCAGCUUCCUCGGCGUGUUCCUUGUGUUCGUUGGCCAUAGGACCCUAUCUCAUCUUUCCAACACGACGGCAAAACAGAAGACUGCUUGAUGGGAAGAUGCGAAGAAUGUGUGAUCAUCAAUUUUCGGGCGGUCGCAGUUGCUUGGGUUCUGCAAAUGCUUUUGCUUGAGAUCCUGACCGAGUUCUUCUUGCGCAACUUGAGUUUUGAGGGACAACUGGGUGUCAUUUUGUAGUGGGUGCCGAGAAUCCUGGUACUAGAGAAGUGGUAGGACCUCACCUUCAUGUUUUAUGCACCGAUGUUUACUGAAGUGGUAGGACCUCACCUUCCAUGUAUGACGCACUGAUGUUUACUAAAUAGGCUGGAAUUUUUUAAACAUAGGAUUAAUAAGAUCAUAUUCUUACUCGAAA